AUGAUGAGGAAGAAGAGGAAGCGAGGCGCGUCCCCCGGCCCAUGCCGCAGCCACGGCCCCGGCCCCGCCACGGCGCCCGCACCGCCGCCCUCGCCGGAGCCCACGGGACCUGCAUGGACGGGCAUGGGCUGGAGAGCAGCACCUUCCUGCGCCGCCGCCGCCGCCGCCGCCGCCGCCGGGGCUGAGCAGCGCCGCCGCCCCCGGCCCUGCCCGCCGCCCCCGGCGCCGCUGCUGCCGCUGCUGCUGCUCAGCCUCGGGCUGCUCCCCGCAGGUAACUGCCAACAACCAGCCCAGUGUCGAAUCCAGAAAUGUACCACAGACUUUGUGUCCCUGACUUCACACCUGAACUCUGCCAUUGACGGCUUUGACUCCGAGUUCUGCAAGGCCCUGCGUGCCUAUGCUGGCUGCACCCAGCGAACUUCAAAAGCCUGCCGUGGCAACCUGGUAUACCAUUCUGCUGUGCUGGGUAUCAGCGACCUCAUGAGCCAGAGGAACUGUUCCAAGGACGGACCCACAUCUUCUACCAACCCUGAAGUGACCCAUGACCCUUGUAACUAUCACAGCCACACGGGAGUCAGAGAACUCAAGGGAGGGGACCAGAACCCUCCUAAUUACCUUUUCUGUGGCUUGUUUGGAGAUCCCCACCUUAGAACUUUCAAGGAUCACUUCCAGACGUGCAAAGUGGAAGGAGCCUGGCCACUCAUAGAUAAUAAUUACCUUUCGGUUCAAGUGACGAAUGUGCCCGUGGUCCUUGGAUCCAGUGCUACUGCUACAAAUAAGAUCACGAUCAUCUUCAAAGCCCACCGUGAGUGCACGGAGCAGAAGGUGUACCAAGCUGUGACCGACGACCUGCCGGCCGCCUUCGUGGACGGCAGCACCAGCGGCGGGGACGGCGAGGUCAAGAGCCUGCGCAUCGUGGAGAGGGAGAGCGGCCGCUACGUGGAGAUGCACGCCCGCUACAUCGGGACCACCGUGUUCGUGCGGCAGCUGGGCCGCUACCUGACCCUCGCCAUCCGCAUGCCCGAGGACCUGGCCAUGGCCUACGAGGAGAGCCAGGACCUGCAGCUGUGCGUCAACGGCUGCCCCCUGAGCGAGCGCAUCGACGACGGGCAGGGCCAGGUGUCCGCCAUCCUGGGCCACACCCUGCCCCACACCUCCCCGGCGCAGGCCUGGCCUGGCUACACACUGGAGACUGCCAACGCGCAAUGCCACGAGAAGAUGCCGGUGAGGGACAUCUACUUCCAGUCCUGCGUCUUCGACCUGCUCACCACCGGCGAUGCCAACUUCACCGCCGCCGCCCACAGCGCCCUGGAGGACGUGGAGGCGCUGCACCCGCGGAAGGAGCGCUGGCACAUCUUCCCGAGCAGUGGGCACGGGGCGCCCCGGGCAGGCAGCCCUUGGUCUCUCAGUCUAGGACUCACAUGCUUGACCCUUGUUGUGUUUUUGUAG